UUAUUUGUUUUAAUUUUAGAGCGACAAAAUUGGAGACGACGUUUGGAGCCGAUCACAGUUUGUCUUCAAGUUCCUAUACCGAAAAUAAUCGCUCAAAUCUUGCAUCUACUCCACAUCGACAAGUUCCAGCAGGUACAGGAUCUCAGUUUAUGUGCGAAGACGAAGAAGGCGAAUUCAUGAACCAGAGCCACCUCAGUGAUUUGAAAGCCGGGCGGUGUAAUAUCAAAGAUCAGCAGCUAGUAAGGAUCAGCGAGCUUCAAAGACGAAACACGCUCUGCCUCCCCCAUCUUCAAAGUUCCUAUCCUGUUGAAACUCAAAUGCAUUCCAUUGCCGAAUUUACAGACGACGCUCUGAGAAAAGGGACUGCGGUCGAGGACAAAAUUUUAAAAGUGGUAGAUUCAAACAGCAAAAUACCCAUCAAAGACAGGCAAGUCAGAAGUAAAUCGUCGUCCACCAAACGUAAAGUCAUAGAAGAAAGAGAUCCCAAAUCUACGAAAGCAAAAUACACCAUUCACCCUUCUACCUAUCAUAAACCUGGCCCUCCUACUCCGGGAAGGAAGAACGAAGAAUCCUCCUCCAAGGCGACGCCGACGCCAAGAAAGAGGAUCUUGUCAAACAAGGAAAACAAUCCGACGGCCACCCCGAACACCCAUCGUAGAUUUAACUUCAAAACUCCUUCCAGCAUCAAAAAAUUAUGGAAGUUGCGAAGAAUUCACACACCCAAGAACGAAAAGGGUAGGAAGAAUGGCAACGAAUAACGGCAAAGGACACAUAUAACUUUUUGGUACAGGUAGAUUUAAAUUUUAAAUGUUGAUAACUUUUAUAAAUUAAAUGUGUAUAUAUUAAAUUCUGGAAAAAUGUUUAAAUGGUUUAAAUUGUGAUGAUAUUUCUUUUAUCAUUCCAAAAAUAUUUUUACUUUUAUUCCUAUUGUGAGAUACUGUUACAAGAAUAUUGUAUUUUCUUUAAAUAAAAGGUUUUAAAU